CCGACGUGCGGUUCGCUUCCGCAUCUGGGUUUUAUGUGGCUGUAGUGUGCAUGGGCGCACCACAACGACAAUGACAAUCAUAUACAUACGACUCCGAGAGACCCAAUAGGGUCGGCAGCUUCGCCCUGCAUUUUUGUGGCUGGUUUGUUGAAUUCUAUCGUCCAUCUUCCUUCCCUCACCUGGUUCCCCGGAAUUCCAACCAACGCUCUCACACCGAAAAUGAGCAGAGACCACCGCCGCUCCUCACCCCAAAGCUCCCACCGCCGUCAGGACAGUCGAGACAGAAGCAGAAGCAGUCGGGACAGACGGGAUAGGAGCAUGAGCCACUCACGGAGCGAGGAUUCGGAUGAAGUGCGCGAGGUGGACCCGAUGGAGGGUAUGGAUGAGGAGGCGAAGAUGAUGGCGUUGAUGGGGUUUAAGGGGUUUGAGACCACGCAUGGCAAAAAAAUUCAGUCAGACCAAGGCGCCGUCUCAGUCAACAAACAACGCACCUACCGCCAGUACAUGAACCGGCGGAGAGGGUUCAACAGGAAUUUGUCGCCGACCCGGUGAUACCUCCUUUUCGGAAUGUGGCGACGGGGAUGUGGGAUGAUGGAUGGUGGGCGAGGUGCGGGUGGAAUGUGCAUGGUGGGAGAUGCAU